AUGUGGAGUCAAGUUCUAUUAGUAUUAGGGGCCGUGUGGGCUACUGACGUGUGUAUUUCUAUUGACGUUUCCGGAGUCGGUUGUUCGACGUGCAAGUUGAGUGAGGACGGUUUCAGUCAGACGUGUUAUCGCGGAGAGAAGUGGCUUACAUGUUACAGGUCCAUAGAGCAGUGUUGUGACGACCCGACAGUAAGUGUUCCUACCGAGGAGUGCGUUGCCAGGUUUGUGGGUUCAACAUGUAGCAGGUAUGUUUCAAGAGAUGCAACUCGGACAAACGCGGAGUGCCAAGACCAGUGCAGAAAGAUCGAGGCAGCCGGGGGCGACUUGGAGGAGCUGGAGGGUCAGUGCAUGUACGAGCAUUUCGAGGUGGACGAGGAGUUCAACGUUUCUACUUCUGAAGGGAGCUGCUUCAAUAACUGGGUGCACGGUUACGCCGACUUGGCGGGGGAACCGCUUCUCGUAGCAGGCUACGAUUACGUUGACGAUGUCGAAACUCCGGCACUAUGUCAGGCAUUGUGCCAAGAGGACAGCAAGUGCGUACGAUUCCUCUGGUCUUCAGAUCGGGUGGGCGCAGGCGAAAACGACCGAGCCAGGCGUUGUCACAAGAAAAUGAAAGAUCAAAUUACCAUCCCAGUAUCCAUUAUCUAUACGGAGGACAAAAAUCCGAGGACAUACGAGGAGAUGUACUGUGACACUAAAGUUGCACACAUGUGCUGGACUGGGACUACUGACUGUGCGCCCUGUACUGAUCAACAAAAUCACUGCGUCUGGAAGAGCCCGAAGCACAUCUCCGGCUGGAAAUAUUGCCCUGACACGGACACCUGUCAGUUGCGGGAUUAUCCAGACCUCACAUACACCACCACUCUGGCUCCUCCGACAACCACCACCUACACCGAAGUCGCUACCAUCACCACCGCGGCGUCGACCAUCAUGACGACGACCCUCCAGAAGACGACUGAGGCUAAGGAUAACACCCGAAUUACGGUAGCGAAGACAACUCAGGCUAAGGAUGAUACCCUGAUCACGGUACCCGAGACAACUCAGGCUAAGGAUAACACUCGAAUUACGAUAGCGAAGACAACUCAGGCUAAGGAUGAUACCCUGAUCACG